UCUUGGUUUGACUCUAGGUAAAUUAUCUUCAUACUGAUAGUUAGGUUAGGUUUAUUGCAGUGUGAUGCACCAAACGCUUCAGACUUCGAAAAAAAAACUAUCACCAAAAACUCCAUUUCAAUAUCUGUAUAAUAGGGUCUAUACAUUUUUCGCUAUAUACUGUUAUGUCAUAACAUGACAAGGUAACUAAGAUAUAUCUAAGCGUAAAAAGCAACUGUGACAAAAAUCGACUGUGUGGACAUGGCUUAAGUACAUUUAUGACAUAUGGAACAGUAGUUACCUGUGAUCUUUAUAAAACAGAACAGCCACUUAGCCCAAACCAGUCAUCAUGAGUAUACGAACGUGUACAGCUGUGUUAAUCACCGUCAUUCAACUGGGCAUCUGUGAUGACCGCUAUGGUGACCUAAAACAGAAUGAGGCUAUGUGUGCGCGUUUUGGAAUGAAUGCACACUUCGACCCUGAAUUGGUGAUCAAGACAAAAUGGCGGAUAUACUACACUUGGAAUUUGAGACUGUCUUUUGGAUGCCUUGAUAUGACGUUCAAAACUGUUAAUCCAUUGAUCAUCAACCGCUUCUACUCUGACAUGAACAAGCACCUGGAGACGCAGCCAGUUUGGGAGGCAGCGACUCUGCUCGUCACCAUGGGAUACUUCAACCAUCAGAUGCUGCUGUUCGCUGAGCCUGGGCCCGCCGGCAAGUUUAUCGGAAUACCGAACAUCUCACAGCGUGCUAUCGAGAUGCUGCCGCAUCAAGCCAGCGUGCCGCUCCUCAAGUUCCAGCUGAAGCUGAUCCGCGACGGCAAGUUCCUGAUCAUGAUGGACUGCCACAUUGGAGCCGUGUCGCUAUCCGCGCGGUACAGCGGCACGCCGCCGACCGAGGAGGAGUUGGCUGAGGCUGUGGCUGAAGCUGGGCUAGGGGAGGGCUUCUCGGCUUGCAUGAAGGGAAAGAAACCUAUAAAACUCUAAGGCAAUAUGGACAUCAUUCAUAAACGUGCAGUACUGACUCCAAUACGACUUACACCAACCCAUUCAGUAUCUAAGGAGCAUGUACCACCGGGAUACCACGGCGGCGCAAUUAGUCGCCAGCCACCAAAAAAAUGUACAGCUUUAUGGAGGGUAUCCUCAUCUGGUGUCCGGCGCCGUGGUGUCCCAGUGAGAUUUGGCCCUAGAAGUCAAUCUCCCACGGUCUACGUUCAACAAUUAACUACUUAUGUUAAAUUUUAAACACUUCUAGAAUGUUAAUGCAUGUUUUAGAUAAAGAUAUACGAAAUAUUUUAAA